GCGCUAUCACACUAAUGCAUAUUUCUCUUUCAGUUGUAGCAAGUCUAAUCAUCCUACAUUUUUCUGGGGCAACCAAAAAAGGAACAGAAAAGCAAAUUCCUUCCGAAGGACAGAAGCCAGUGCAGUGUGGAACUUGGACAAAAUAUGCAGAAGGAGGCAUCUUCACUUCUCCCAACUAUCCCAACAAGUAUCCUCCUGACAGAGAGUGUGUCUACAUUAUAGAAGCUGCCCCUAGACAAUGCAUUGAACUACACUUUGAUGAAAAAUAUUCCAUAGAGCCUUCUUGGGAGUGUAAAUUUGACCAUAUUGAAGUACGAGAUGGACCUUUUGGCUUUUCCCCAAUCAUUGGACGUUUCUGUGGACAGCAAAAUCCACCUACAAUAAAAUCCAGCGGCAGAUUCCUAUGGAUUAAAUUUUUUGCUGAUGGUGAGCUGGAAUCUAUCGGGUUUUCUGCUCGGUAUAACUUUACACCUG